UCGCCACAGGAGGCGCUCCGGAAACAUGCUGCGGUUGUGUUGAAACGGAAGAGUCGAGUUCUUUUCAGUAUUAUGAAUGAAACAAGUCUGUGGUUUGAUGUUUUCCUGGUCGUAUGAUUGUUAAAUAUCAUCUGUAAAUCGUUGGAGCGAGCUGUGCGAAGCUCGGCGUUAACCGCUAAAGAUGUCUGCGAGCGCCGUCUACGUCCUGGAUUUAAAAGGAAAGGUCCUGGUGUGUCGGAACUACCGCGGAGAUGUGGACAUGUCCGAGAUCGAGCACUUCAUGACCCUCCUGAUGGACAAAGAGGAGGAGGGCACCCUCUCCCCGAUCCUGGCUCAUGGAGGAGUGCGCUUCAUGUGGAUCAAGCACAACAACCUGUACCUGGUCGCCACGUCCAAGAAGAACGCCAGCGUUUCUCUGGUUUUCUCUUUCCUCUACAAAAUUGUCCAGGUGUUUUCUGAGUAUUUCAAAGAGUUGGAGGAAGAGAGCAUCAGAGAUAACUUUGUCAUCAUCUACGAGCUGAUGGAUGAGCUGAUGGACUUUGGUUACCCUCAAACCACGGACAGCAAGAUCCUGCAGGAGUAUAUCACCCAGGAGGGGCACAAGCUGGACACGGGAGCCCCGCGGCCCCCCGCCACCGUCACCAACGCGGUGUCCUGGAGGUCAGAGGGCAUCAAGUACCGGAAGAACGAGGUCUUCCUGGACGUCAUCGAGUCCGUCAACCUCCUGGUCAGUGCCAACGGGAACGUCCUGCGCAGCGAGAUCGUGGGCUCCAUAAAGAUGCGUGUCUUCCUGUCUGGGAUGCCGGAGCUCCGGCUGGGCCUCAACGACAAGGUUCUGUUUGAGAACACCGGACGAGGGAAGAGUAAGUCCGUGGAGCUGGAGGACGUGAAGUUCCACCAGUGCGUCCGUUUGUCUCGCUUUGAGAACGACCGCACCAUCUCCUUCAUCCCCCCCGACGGCGAGUUCGAGCUGAUGUCGUACCGCCUCAACACGCACGUGAAGCCGCUGAUCUGGAUCGAGUCGGUCAUCGAGAAGCACUCGCACAGCCGGAUCGAGUACAUGAUCAAGGCGAAGAGUCAGUUCAAGAGGCGCUCCACGGCCAACAACGUGGAGAUCCACAUUCCUGUCCCAACGGACGCCGACUCCCCCAAGUUCAAGACCACGGUGGGCAGCGUGAAGUGGGUUCCUGAGAACAGCGAGAUCGUCUGGUCCAUCAAGUCUUUCCCUGGGGGGAAGGAGUACCUGAUGCGAGCGCACUUCGGCCUCCCCAGUGUGGAGGCAGAAGACAAAGAGGGCAAACCCCCCAUCAGCGUCAAGUUCGAGAUCCCGUACUUCACCACCUCAGGGAUCCAGGUGCGUUACCUGAAGAUCAUUGAGAAGAGUGGGUACCAGGCUCUGCCGUGGGUGCGCUACAUCACCCAGAAUGGCGAUUACCAGCUCCGGACGCAGUAGGCGGCGCCACAGCAGGUGGAAAUCACCAGGGGGCGGAGCUAGCUGCCGGCGUGGCAGGUGGCGGUCCCUGAAGACUGUAUCACGUUUUGUCGUUUAGUUCUGUGUUUGUCCUUCAUUCUGGAUCCAUGCAAACGGGAGGCGGGGCUUCAGCAGGAGGGAUGUUUACGUUACAGGAAGCAGUCGUUCACAAUCACAGCAGGUCAGUUUGGAGGUUCGUGUUACCCCGCGGGGCGGUCCCGGCUCCUCGGCGUUCCGGUUCUGCUGCCGUUCUCAUCAUCGGACCGGGACGUGGUUCAGUGUUACUGGUUACUCAACUGUAAAUGAGCAGAAACUCUUUUGUAUGAUUUUUGUCGUCGUUUUUUCUGUUUGAUUCCCGGAUGAUCAGAGGACCCCCCCCCCUCCCCCGACUGUAACACAAACUUUUCAAUCAUUAAAUCAUUGGAAACACA